CCCACGUACGUGCCUCGAUAAACCGAAAGCGCAUUUCGUUUGCAGAGCCGAUCGGUCGUGUUCCGGCAGCCGAACACCGAACUCACUCCAUUACGGACGAGACGCAAAGUACUGGCAGGUGCCGGAAAUCUGUAAAACAGGAACGUCGCGUCCGUGGGGCAAAGGGUCGUGGACCCGAAACCUUGACCCACUUUCCCUUCUCCGCAGCUGCUGUCUGACCCGCUGGAGGCGUUCCCGGCCGCUUCUGUUUGUGUUCCGCGUUAAUCCCCAUUGUUUCACUCGGACGACAACCUGACAACAGGAAAAAGAAAUCAGUUUCAAUGGCAACAUCACAGCAAAUGCGGAUUGCCGCUAAACAAAUAUCUGGGUGGAACGCAAUAUUUCCCAAUGAAGUAGUAACAAGACACCAGUCCCUUAUUUUCAUUAAGAGAAUGAUGGCCGUAGGUGUGUCCUGUAUUACUUAUCUGCGUGGGAUAUUUCCAGAAGACGCUUAUAAAUCACGAUACUUAGAUGGCAUGUGUGUAAAGAUUUUACGUGAAGACAGUCGUUUUCCUGGAGCAUCCAAAGUAGUAAAAUGGUUAUUGGGAUGCUUUGAUGCUUUGGAUAAAAAAUAUCUGCGAUCAAUUAUUCUGGGAGUUCAUAAAGAUCCUGAAGACCCAAAUAGCAUGAUUGAAUCUUACCAGUUUAAAUUUAAGUACACCACGGAUGGACCAAAAUUGGAUAUCUUAAGCAUAAGUAAGAAUAUUGAAACAGACAUGACUACACAAGACACCAAGAAGGCUUCCAUUCUGCUCAUCCGUAAACUGUUUGUCCUGAUGCAGAGCCUCGAAACACUUCCCAGUGAUGUGUCUCUGACAAUGAAGCUUUUCUAUUACGAUGAGGUGACACCUCCUGAUUACCAGCCCCCAGGGUUUAAGGCUGGUGAGUGUGACUCUAUGUGGUUUGAGGGGACCCCUGCACACUUUAAAAUUGGUGAUGUACCAACUCCUUAUUAUAAGAUGAAGGUACGAAUCACAACACAGAAGGAAGCAACAGAACAACUGGAGAAAGAAAAUUUUCUGACUGAGGAAUUUACAUCUUCACAGCAAGAAGUGAGGCAAGACAAAUCCAUCUUAAGUGACAAUAAUAUUGUGAAGGAAGGUGAUCUAGUCUCCCCAAAUAAUACAGACCCGAGAAAAAAACAAAUGUUCAGUGCUUCAGAGAAAAAGAUUGAGCAGCUGGUAGCAAACACAGCAGAACUGGAUGUGUCAGGCACAAGAACAAGACGUAGGAAAGUGGCAACCAAUAGUGUGCGUAAGGGUACGUCCCCCCAGACUGAUGAAGAGAAAUAUCCGGAAUAUGAGAAGUACAGCAUAGCGGAGGUUGUAAAAGCUUCUCGAGCCAAAAAGACAAUUUCUCAAGUCAAUCGUCCAGCAAGUGAUUCCUUUGUGAAUCAAGAGAAGACUACAAAAAGGAGAAAGAAAUNAAAAAAUAUUCUUACAAGUAUUCUGAUAUUGGACAAUAACUUAUUGUUAUUUAUGAAAAUGUUAUGGUUAUUCUUUUAUUAAUGGAUUUAAAAUGUCUGCCCAUUAAAUACUAUGUUGUUAUUCUUGUUUCAAAUGUUGGUAGUUUGGUUAUACCUGUAAACAUGUAUGAGAUACAUCGGGGGAAAUUUAUGUAAAAUAAAAUACUGCAGUGCACGUGAAAUGUCACAUGUCGUUGUCACAAAACA